CCAUCCCUGUAUCAACCUUUAGUAUUUCGGAAACAGUCAUAGCAGUACAAUCACGGAUCUAACAACUUCCAUACAGCUCCAACAUUCGAAGUACUUCUGAGACACAGAUACAUUAAUUUAUAUGGUGUAAAAUAUCUUCGUAAAUCAUGUGUCGCCAUUUCUUCGCUAUUCUUUUUCUAAACAUUGCGUUCGAUCGUAUCGAUUCUACAGCGACACGUUGCGACGAACCAGAAUUUUUCCGGUGCGAUACGAAAUGUAUGUCGUCCAUAUUUCUUUGCGACGGAGAAAUCGAUUGUAUCGAUGGAUCCGACGAGAACAAUUGCAAUGGUAUCAUGCCUGUCUUUUCUGCGGUCAAAUGUGCUACGGAUGAAUUUCAAUGUGCCAACAAAUCUUGCAUAUCGAUCGAAAAAUUCUGCGAUUCGAGACCGGAUUGCGCCGACGGAAGCGAUGAAUACGCAAAUUGCGUAAAAGAGGUGAAAUGCGAUAAAUUUCUAUGCAACGAUGGACAUUGCAUAAGAAACGAAUGGGUCUGCGAUGGUGUACCAGAUUGUCCUGACACCAGCGACGAACACAAUUGUGAAAGCAAACCGGUACCAAUCGAUAAAUGUACCAACGCGUUCGAUCGGUACUUGUGCGAAAAUCGGAGGUGUAUUUCUUUAAAUGCAACUUGCAACGAAGAAGACGACUGCGGCGAUGGUUCGGACGAAAGCGUCGACGAUUGUAGAACCGCUGAUUCGAUUUGUAAUAACGGGGUCGAAUGCGAACACCAUUGUAGAAGGACACCUCUAGGCGCCCAAUGUUCGUGUCGGCCAGGUUACAAAUUAAUCGACAAUCGCACAUGCGCAGAUGUAAACGAGUGCGAAACUUAUGGUAUAUGCGAUCAACUAUGCACCAAUACUCCUGGAUCUUACUUAUGUUCCUGCCAACAUAAUUACAUUCUCGGUAACGAUAACAGAACUUGCAAGGCCGAAGGUGGCGAAGCUUUGAUCGUAUAUUCGGUGGAGUCUGAAAUCCGUGGUUUGUAUCUCGAUUCGAAGGUACACUUUCUGCUGAAAGAGAAUUUGGAAAAUGCAGCUGCAGUCUCCUUGGACGCCGAUUGCAUAUAUUGGUCCGAUAUUAAAAAUGGGAAGGAGGCGAUAUUUCGGAGUUUCGAGGGUGAACUUGAACCGGAAGUCGUCGUAACUUUCGGCCUAAAUAGGCCCGAAGCUAUUGCAGUCGAUUGGAUAACAGGCAACCUAUAUUUCACUGAUAGCCAUCUCAUGCAUAUCGGAGCUUGUAACAACAACGGUACCUAUUGUACCGUCGUGAUCGAAGAAACAAGCGAUAAACCAAGAGGCUUGGCUCUCUUACCACCGAGUGGUGUUAUGUACUGGACGGAAUGGAGCGUGAACUCGCGUAUAUCAAUGGCGAGCAUGGACGGAAAGAACAACAGUCUGCUGGUCUCGGAAAAUUUAGUAUGUCCGAAUAGUUUGGCUAUCGACAACGUAAAUGGCAGACUGUAUUGGAUGGACGGUAAAUUGAAAUUAAUCGAAUCGAUUCGCCUGGACGGCUCCGAUCGCAGGAUCGUGCUGCAAGCUGUAGGAAAAACGCCUUUCUCGCUAGCAGUUUUCGAAAACAAGCUCUAUUGGAGCGACAGAGCAUCUGGAACCGUACGAUCUUGCGAUAAAUUCACUGGCAAAGAUUGGAAAACUGUAAUAAACGCGUCCAGUGCAGUUUAUGGAAUAGAUAUAUAUCAUUCUGUUCUAAAACCCAACAUUUCGAAUCCGUGCGAAUCGAAUGCUUGCUCGGAACUGUGCCUAUUGAAUCCAGAACACGAAUAUACGUGCGCUUGCACGUUGGACAAAGAACUCGACCCGGAUCAGCAUACGUGUCGCGCGGUCAACGAACAGAUGCGCCUGAUCGUCGCAGCAGGAGAUACGUUUCUGGGCCAUCGAAUUGAAUCAUUAGGAAAACCUAAAGUGACCUCGAAUGUCGUAUCGAAAAAUAUCACUUUGGCUGCGUACAAUCCUCUUACCGAUGGUUUGCUCGUGGUCGCGAACGAUCGGUUCACGGAUAUUUUUGAAUUGAACACGAGUACUGGCGCGCUGGAAGCCAUAACGUCCAUCGAGAACGUGGCAUUGGGCGGAAUGGAUUUCGACUACGUCGGGAAUAAUAUAUACAUGUCGGAUACAAGUCGCAGGAUGAUCGUGAUUUACAAUUUAAACACCAACGAGAAAACGGUUCUGUUCUUCGAAGAAGAGCCGCACGCCAUCGCUCUCGUUCCAGAAGAAGGGAUCAUGUUCGUUGUCUUCCGCGUGGAUGGCUCGUAUCGCAUAGAUUUAAUGAAGAUUCAUGGAAUCGGUCCCAGGACUCCGAUCGAAGGAGCGAAAACGCGAUUGCUUGGACCGACGGUGGCAUUGUGUUAUCACAGAGGCACGAAACGUUUAUUUUGGAGCGAUCAGGGCACAGGUCGUAUCGGUAGCACGACGACGAAGGGUUUCGAGACGCGCAUCUUCCGCGAUGGGUUAGCAGAACCUGUAAGCCUCGCUGUCGUCGGUAAUUACGUGUUCUGGUCGCAGUACAAGUCGGCGGAACUGUUCUGGACCAGUAUGAUCGACACGGAACAGCACCGGAAGAGUAUCGCGUCGCAUCUGCCAAAAGGUUUCGAAAGAUCUCGGCUGAUAAGUUUGGCCGCGGCGCACGAGAAUGAUCACGAAUGUCGCAGAAAUAACGGCAACUGUUCUCACGUGUGCCUGGUCUCCGAUCUUCGUUCGCACAUUUGUGCAUGCCCGCCAGGCGCGAUGCUGCUGGAGGACGAUCGAACGUGCGCUCCUGAAACCUCGUGUUGGCCCAACGAAAUGAAAUGCCGGCAACACGAUGUGUGCAUAAAAUUGCAUCAAAGAUGCGACGGCGUAAAAGAUUGUCCGAACGGCGACGACGAGUCGGACGUGUGCGACGAAUUUCAUUUAUCGAAAUGCGUUGGGGACGGUCAAUUCCGAUGCAAAAGCGGAGAAUGCAUAAGCGAAGCGUCUCGCUGUAAUUCACGCUUCGAAUGCCGAGAUAUGUCCGACGAGGAAGGUUGUCAAAUAAAACGAAACGACUGUAGUAAAUUCGAAGCUACGCUUAAAAAGAUCGCUGAUCUUCUUAGAACAAUGUAACACUGGCUGUGCACGUAUUGUAUAUACGAAGAAGAAUGCAAUGUAAAUUUGGCGAAUAAUAAAAAGGCUGUUUUAACGACGAUAGAAAUAAAA